GGGUGUAUGUGCUGCCCAAGAAGAGUGACGUGGCUGAAACGGUGAAGACCGAUUGGUUGCCGAUGGUGGAGCGGCAACAACACCGGCUUGUGAAGGCGAUUCGCACUGACCGUGGGGGAGAGUUCCUGAGCAAGGACUUCUAAACUUGGCUGAAGAAGCAGGGCAUAAGGCACUCUCUUACAAUGCCCUACUCUCCUGCAAUGAACGGCAUCGCCGAGCGUGCGAAUCGGACACUCACGGAGACAGCUCGGGGACUUCUCAUUGAAGCUGGUCUACCCAAUUAUUUUUGGCCGGAUGCGGUGCGGCAUGCUUGUGUGGCCAAGAACAGAGCCUUGACUCACGUGGGAGAAGACAAAUGGGUGCCCUAUGUGGAGUGGAUUGGAAGGAAGCCGAAGGUGGAUAUGCUUCGGGUGUUCGGGUGCAUGUGCAUGGCACUUGUGCCUAAGAAAAUUCGGCACAACAAGCUUGAUGCCAAGGCAACAUGGGCCGUGCACCUGGGCAUGGCUCAAAACAGCAAGGGAUGGCUUCUUUGGGGCCCAUUUACCAAGAAGUUCUUGGUGAGCAGAGAUUGCAAGUUCAUGGAGAACUUACCGUACAAGGAGUGGAAGGCGGAGAACCAAGCAAAGAUUGGUGUGCGCCUUGGAGAGGUGAAGAGUACCGGCUUGGAGCAUGUGGAGCUGCCCUUGGAGCUGAGCGAUGAUGCGGAAGAUGAAAGCGAGGAGUGCGCCUUUGCCUUCUUCUCUCCGGUGGAGAUGCCGGGGGAGCCUAAAAAUCCCAAGGAGGCUUGGGAGGGCCCCAAUGGGAAGGAGUGGAAGAAGACCUCAGAUGAAGAAAUGGGGAGCAUCAUAGAGAACGACACAUUUGAUUUGGUGAACCUACCUCCGGGGCGGAAGGCGAUCUCUUCCAAGUGGCUCUUCAAGCGCAAGACCGAUGCCGACGGCAACAUCGAGCGCUACAAGAGCAGACUUGUAGCCAAGGGGUAUCAGCAGCAAGAGAAGAAGGACUACAAUGAAGUGUAUGCCCCUGUGGUGAAGGGUACAACCCUUCGAACCCUCUUCGCCGCGGCGGCCAUCAAAGGAUGGGUGGUGAAGCAAAUGGAUAUAAUAACGGCCUUCCUCAAUGGCGUUUUGGAGGAAGAGACCUUCAUGGAGCAGCCAGAGGGGUACAAUGAUGGGAGUGGCAGAGUGUGGAAGCUGAAGAAAGCGCUCUAUGGCCUCAAGCAAGCCCCUAGGCAAUGGUACAUCAAGCUGCGGGAGGUCUUGGAGGCGAUCGGCUUCACUCCCUCAACGGCCGAUCAAUCCUUGUUCAUGCUUGGCGAGGGGGAGCAGAGGAGCUUCAUGGUGGUUUAUGUGGAUGACAUCCUCAUAUUCUCAACCUCCUCUGACCUUGUGAAGGAGGUGAUGCUGAAGCUUCAAGACAAGUUCAAGUGCAAGACCCUUGGAGACGUCAACUACUACCUUGGGCUUCACAUUGAGCGAGAUGUGGAGAAGCGGUGGAUGCGAGUGCAUCAAAAGAAGUACUUGGAGGCCUUGGCUGCAAACUUUGGGAAGGGUGAAGGUCAUGUGGCUACUCCUCUACCCUCGGGUUUCAAGUGUGUGAAAGGACCAACCGAGGAAAGUGUUGGUGAAGAGGAGAGGCGGCGUUUUCACUCCUUGGUGGGCAGCCUCAUGUAUGCGGCCGUUCACACAAGGCCGGAUGCAGCCUUUGCUACCGGGCAGCUGGCUAGGGUUGUCCAAUGCCCUAAUGAAGAGCAGGUAGCAGCUGGAGAGAGGGUGGCCAAGUAUCUUGGCCAAACAGCAACUGUUGGACUGCAAUACUCCGCGGCGGCACAAAGGCGUCAAAAGCGUGCGGAUGGAGUCGAACCCGGGAGGCUCUUUCUCACCACCUUCUCUGAUGCAUCUUGGGCAUCAGAACCAGAGGAUAUGACAAGUGUGGGAGGCUUCAUCUGCUGUGUUGGUGGAGGCCCAACAGCUUGGGAGAGCAAGAAUCAAGUGGACCAAGCAUUGAGCUCGGUGGAGUCUUAGUACAUGGCACUCUUCCGUGCCACAAGGGAGGUUGUGUGGCAGCGGCGUUUGCUAGCUGAAUUGGGGGAGGAGCAGCAAGGACCUACCCCACUCUAUUGUGAUAGCCAGGGUGCUAUUGCAUUGGCUAAGAACCCGGUUCUUCAUGGCCUUACCAAGCACAUGAAUGUGAAGUGGCAUUGGGUGAGGAGCAUGGUAACCUCGGGUGAAGUGGAGUUGCACUACUGCUUGUGUGUGUGUUUGAAUGGUGUAUCACAAUGUGGUUUGUGUCGGUCAAGACAUUAGCGAGUUUUCACAACUCGCAUGUCAAGUCGUCGUUUGCGUGUCGCAUGUGUUUUUUCUAUUUUGUCGAGUGUGAAGUGUCCAUCGUGUCGCAGGUGUGUGCAGCAAGCCUCCAACAACUCAAGAAGAAUUCAUCUUGCUGACCCAAGACCAAGAGCUCAAGAUUUCAAGCCCAAGGGACGCGGAUAAAUAUUAAAUAGUGGAAAUAGUAACGCUAUUUCGUGGUGUUACAUUUCACUUGGUGUAGCCCCUUGGAGGGUUUGUUUCGAGACUCUUCAUGGUUG